AAGAGUGAGAGGGAAAAGAGCUCAAGAAGAGGAACCAUGGCCACUGCCUCGCCGGAGCAGGGCUCGUCGGCGUCGGCGUCGGCGUCGGCAUCCUUCUCCGCUCCGGGGUCUGGCCUUUCGAGGAGAGUGGUAAGCUCAACGACGUCUCACAACCCUCCGAUCAACCGCCCGCCCAUCCAUCCCGACGUCGAUCCGCCACCAAGACCUCGCCCCGGCUUCCAAUUCCUUGCCUUCGCUCUCGUCGUCUUCUUGGCGUCCCUCCAGUUCCUUCCUGCCACCCACUUCCGUGAUCCCUCUGAUCCUCACCGUACUUGGAUCCCCUUCGACCCCAAUCGGACUGCCUCAGCGUCUGCUGACUCUGGGGCUUCUCGUGAACAUGCAUCUGAAAUUAUCACCGAGCCUGAUUUUGGAGUUGAAGCAAUCAAUAUAUUUUCCUGGAUAGACUGUUUGGAUCUUCAAAUGCUUGCUGUACUUCAGAACUCAACUUUAUCUAACUCAAGAUUUGCAGAACAUAUUCAUUUCCAUUUCAUCAUACCUGAAGAUGAAGACACAAAACUACCCUUCUAUAAGCUCAAAGUAUUAUUUCCACAUGCUAACCUUAACAUCAUUGGGCAAAAAGAGGUUAAUGAUAAAUUCAGGAUUGCAAUGCCUGAUGAGAGAAUUAUUUGGCCUCCGCUUCACGAAAUAGCACCCCUUGUUAUUUCAAUCAUCGAUCCUUCUCUGGGCAGAUUCUUAUAUGUUUCACCGGAUACAAUAAUGAGGGGAGACAUUAAAGAUCUCUUUAAUGUAGAUUUGGGCCAGUAUUCCAUUGCUGCCGCUGAGGAUUGCAGCACAAGAUUGGGUGACCAUGUUAACAUGGACGUUGUAAAUGCUAUUCAAAGAACAUCUGCAAAAAGUUGGGUGUUGGCUGAACCUUAUGACAAGAAUGCUUGCACACCUGACCUCAGUUUGCUUUUACUUGAUUCAAGUAGGCUGGACAAAAAUCUGAUUGAGAGUGUUUCAUGGUGGUGCAAAGUUCUUGAUUUGGGAAAACAAAGGAGCAAAUGGAUUUAUCCAGUGAUUCCAUUGGUGUUUUACAACAAAUAUCUCAAGCUUUCAUCUUCUUGGAAGUCCCUCAAUUCCAUCCUUUCUGUAACAUAUAAUGAAACAAGAGUUCUCCGUUUUGAUGGGCCCAGAAGGACUUGCUCAGAAGAUGAGAAUGUGAAUAAAGGAUUUGAUUUUGGCAAUAAUUGGAAGCAAUAUCUUCAUCCAAAGUCAGAUGCUGUCUUGCAUAGUUGAAAUUAUGACAUUAUUGAUCAUCUUGGUGGUAUAUACCAGGAACAAGGAAGUACAGUAUCUGGACAUUUGCCCACCAUCAAAUAACUAUAAAUUUUGUAAAUCAAGUCUUGAAGUAUCUCAGUUAAGUCCAGUGGUCAUUUGCUCAGUAUUCCAUGAAUUUUGUAAUAGUUCGGUUGACAUCUGUUUAUAUUUUUAAUUAAUUAUACAAAAUUUGCUCUCCA